UCUCUCUCUCUAAGUACAUGUGUCUGCAUCUAUAUGCUUGUAUCACAUGAAAGUUUGACUUAAAAUUAAAAAUGGUGUAGCUGAAAAUCGAAGGAUCAGAGUGGUAGUAGUGUGUAUUUUCCGUGUUCUUUUCAUUUAUCCUCGUCUCCUCAACCAUAUAGAUGUGAAAACUGCUAUUAUUUCUGCAUGUAAGCUGUAGUCUUUCGUAUCAAAAGAGGUUUCUUUAUUUUCAGUUCAAAAUCAAUCUACAACUAAAAAAGCGAAAUAAAUGCUGGGUUGGCAUACGUGUUCACAUGAAGCGCCAUGAAAGCAUUCAACUCAUAGCAAAGUGGGCUCAUUUCUAUUACGCAGAGUAGCAGAGGAGCAUUAGAGUAGUUGUGUAUGCAGUGAUGUCAUCAGUAUCGACGGUGACGGAGAGGCCGUCGUCUUCCUCCUCGUCUACUUCCUCGGUGUCGUCGUUGUCGUCGUCGGUGGGACUGGGGGCUGGUGGUGGUGGUGGUGGAAGAGAAAGGGAGAUAGAUCCCUUGUUAAAAGAUCUAAGUGAGAAGAAGCAGAGUUUCCGGAGGAACGUGGUGUCCUUGGCGGCUGAGCUGAAGGAUGUCCGCAGCCGCCUUGCUUCUCAAGAACAGUCAUUUGCUCGUGAAUCCCUAACCCGCCAGGAAGCGGAGAUUAAAGCAAAGAAAAUGGAAGAGGAAAUAAACAGACUACACAAGAGCUUGGAAGAUAGAAAUGGGCAGCUUCGUGCUUCUGCAUCUACUUCUGAGAAAUACCUUAAGGAGUUGGAUGAUCUUCGAUCACAGCUUUCAGCAACUCAAGCAACUGCAGCUACUAGUGCUGCAUCUGCAGAGUCUGCGCAAAUGCAGUGUUUGGUGCUUCUGAAAGAACUAGAUGAGAAAAAUAAUUCUUUAAAGGAGCAUGAAAGUCGUGUAAACAAAUUGGGUGAGCAGUUAGAUCACCUGCAGAAGGAUCUUCAAGCAAGAGAAUUUUCCCAAAAGCAACUGAAAGAUGAAGUCAUACGGGUCGAGCAGGAUAUCAUGCAAGCUUUGGCCAAAGCUGGAGCAAAUAAAGACUGCGAAUUGAGGAGGAUAUUAGAUGAGGUUUCUCCAAAAAAUUUUGAGAAGAUGAAUAAGCUGUUGGCUGCAAAGGAUGAAGAAAUAGCCAAGCUGAGAGAUGAGAUCAGGAUUAUGUCUGCUCACUGGAAACUCAAAACUAAGGAAUUGGAGUCCAAGUUAGAGAAGCAUCGAAGGGCUGAUCAGGAGUUGAAGAAGAGGGUGUUGAAGUUGGAGUUUUGUCUACAAGAAGCUCGUGCUCAAACUCGCAAGCUCCAAAGGAUGGGAGAACGUAGGGACAGAGCCCUGAAAGAACUCAGAGAUCAGUUGGCAACUAAGCAACAAAACAUACCUGUGAGCAUUGACAAGCAGAAUUUUUGGGAAACCUCAGGGUUCAAAAUCGUGGUAUCGAUGUCUAUGCUGGUCUUAGUACUAUUUUCAAAGCGGUAAUGUUAUAGCCUGCAGGCCCUGUACCGUUUUUAGAGCAGCAGUUACUAGUUAGGACUGUGUAAAAAACUUAGGCUUCUAGCAGAUACUAGUUAGGACUCUGUAAAAAUCUUAGGUUCCUAGAAGCCCAGCGGAAGAAAUUUAGGCCUUAGGGAGGCGGUAGAUCUUGUUUAAGAGGUAGUCUUUUGUAUUUGUAUGGCAAAAUCCUCUUUUUCCAGCUGCAGAGAUUGUAGUGGCGAUAAAGUUUCAAUGAAUAUCGCUACAAUGCUUAGCUUUAUCCAUUUUUUGAAGCA